AGGGCCAAGCAGCGUGGCUCCCGAGGGAGUUGGUGGGCAGCAGGGGAGACAAUAGCAAACAUGCUGUGUGGGCUCAGCCGGGAGACCCCUGGAGAGGCGGACGAUGGGCCCUACUCCAAAGGAGGCAAGGACGCAGGAGGGGCCGAUGUUUCCCUGGCGUGCCGCAGACAGAGCAUUCCAGAGGAGUUCCGAGGGAUCACUGUGGUGGAGCUGAUCAAGAAAGAAGGCAGCACGCUGGGCCUGACUAUCUCAGGUGGCACCGACAAGGAUGGAAAGCCCAGGGUCUCCAACCUGAGACCUGGGGGACUUGCAGCCAGGAGUGAUCUGCUGAACAUUGGUGACUAUAUUCGGUCUGUGAACGGGAUCCACCUGACCAGGCUCCGCCACGAUGAGAUCAUCACCCUGCUCAAGAAUGUGGGCGAGCGCGUGGUGCUGGAGGUGGAGUAUGAGCUGCCCCCGCCCGCUCCUGAGAAUAACCCAAGGAUCAUUUCAAAGACAGUGGACGUCUCCCUCUACAAGGAGGGCAAUAGCUUUGGCUUUGUCCUUAGAGGAGGUGCCCAUGAAGAUGGGCACAAGUCCCGCCCGCUUGUCCUGACCUACGUGCGGCCCGGUGGCCCUGCCGACAGGGAGGGCUCCCUGAAGGUGGGCGACAGGCUGCUUAGCGUCGAUGGAAUCCCGCUGCACGGGGCCAGCCAUGCUACCGCCCUGGCCACCCUGCGGCAGUGCAGCCACGAGGCACUCUUUCAGGUGGAGUAUGAUGUGGCCACCCCUGACACGGUGGCUAAUGCUUCGGGACCCUUGAUGGUGGAAAUAGUCAAGACACCAGGGUCUGCCCUGGGCAUCUCGCUUACCACCACCUCCCUCCGGAACAAGUCAGUCAUCACCAUCGACCGCAUCAAGCCAGCCAGCGUGGUGGACAGGAGCGGAGCCCUGCACCCUGGAGACCACAUCCUGUCCAUCGAUGGCACCAGCACGGAACACUGCUCGCUGCUUGAGGCCACCAAGCUCCUGGCCAGUGUGUCGGAGAAGGUGCGGCUGGAGAUCCUGCCUGUGCCCCAGAGUCAGCGGCCACUGAGGCCCUCAGAGGCAGUGAAAGUGCAGAGGAGUGAGCAGCUGCACCGCUGGGACCCCUGCGUGCCCUCCUGCCACAGCCCCCGGCCCGGCCACUGCAGGAUGCCCACCUGGGCCACACCUGCUGGCCAGGACCAAAGCCGAUCCUUGUCUUCAACUCCCUUUUCCUCGCCAACCUUGAACCACGCCUUUUCCUGCAACAACCCCAGCACCCUUCUCCGUGGAUCCCAGCCCAUGAGUCCUCGAACUACAAUGGGGCGGAGGAGGCAGCGAAGAAGGGAACACAAGAGCUCGUUGUCACUGGCCUCCAGCACGGUGGGGCCAGGCGGGCAGAUUGUGCACACGGAGAUCAUGGAGGUCGUGCUCUGUGGAGACCCCCUCAGCGGCUUUGGCCUCCAGCUCCAGGGCGGCAUCUUCGCCACCGAGACCCUGUCCUCCCCACCCCUCGUGUGCUUCAUCGAGCCUGACAGCCCGGCUGAGAGGUGUGGGCUGCUGCAGGUGGGGGACCGUGUCCUGUCCAUCAAUGGCAUCGCCACCGAGGAUGGGACUAUGGAAGAAGCCAACCAGCUCCUGCGGGAUGCCGCGCUGGCCCACAAGGUCAUGCUGGAAGUGGAGUUCGAUGUGGCGGAGUCCGUCAUCCCAAGCAGUGGCACCUUCCACGUGAAGCUGCCCAAGAAGCGCGGCGUGGAGCUGGGCAUCACCAUCAGCUCGGCCAGCAGGAAACGAGGGGAGCCCCUGAUCAUCUCCGACAUCAAGAAAGGCAGCGUGGCACACAGGACGGGCACCCUGGAGCCAGGCGACAAGCUACUGGCCAUUGACAAUAUCCGCCUGGACAACUGCCCCAUGGAGGACGCCGUGCAAAUCCUGCGGCAGUGUGAGGACCUGGUGAAGCUGAAGAUCCGGAAGGAUGAGGACAACUCUGACGAGCUGGAGACCACGGGUGCCGUCAGCUACACAGUGGAGCUGAAGCGCUACGGGGGCCCCCUGGGCAUCACCAUUUCGGGCACGGAGGAACCUUUUGACCCCAUUGUCAUCUCAGGCCUCACCAAGCGUGGCCUGGCUGAGAGGACUGGUGCCAUCCACGUGGGGGACCGCAUUCUGGCCAUCAACAGCGUUAGCCUCAAGGGCCGGCCGCUGAGUGAGGCCAUCCACCUCCUACAGAUGGCUGGAGAGACUGUCACACUGAAGAUCAAGAAGCAACUAGACCGCCCCCUCCUACCCCGCAAGUCGGGCAGCCUCAGUGAGACCAGCGAUGCUGAUGAGGACCCAGCAGAUGCCCUGAAAGGAGGCCUGCCAGCAGCCCGCUUCUCGCCAGCUGUGCCCAGUGUGGACAGUGCUGUGGAGUCUUGGGACAGCUCGGCCACCGAGGGUGGCUUUGGGGGCCCAGGGUCCUAUGCACCACAGGCAGCAGCCCGGGGCAUGGCCCCCCAGGAGUGGAGGCCUGGCCGGCUGAGGGGCAGCCCCCCACCCACCGAGCCCCAGAGGACGAGCUACACCCCGACCCCAGCUGACGAGAGCUUUCCAGAGGAGGAGGAGGAGGAGGAGGAGGAUUGGGAGCCGCCAACGAGCCCAGCCCCUGGCCCUGCCCGAGAGGAGGGCUUCUGGCGCGUGUUUGGAGAAGCUCUCGAAGACCUGGAGUCAUGUGGUCAGUCAGAGCUGCUGAGGGAACUGGAGGCAUCCAUCAUGACGGGCACCGUGCAGAGGGUGGCCCUCGAGGGCAGGCCUGGCCACCGGCCUUGGCAGAGGGGCCGGGAGGUACGAGCCUCUCCUGCAGAGAUGGAGGAGCUGUUACUGCCUACACCCUUGGAGAUGCACAAGGUGACCCUGCAUAAGGACCCCAUGCGGCAUGACUUUGGUUUCAGCGUCUCAGAUGGCCUCCUGGAAAAAGGUGUCUACGUCCACACUGUGCGCCCUGAUGGGCCAGCCCACCGCGGGGGCCUCCGGCCCUUCGACAGGGUCCUGCAGGUCAACCACGUCCGUACACGGGACUUCGACUGCUGCCUGGCAGUGCCACUCCUGGCCGAGGCGGGCGAUGUCUUAGAGCUGGUCAUCAGCCGCAACCCGCACACAGCACACAGCAGCCGGGCCCCCCGAGCGCCAGGCCCCAGCAGUCCCCGGAUGCUCUGAAGUCAGCAUGUGGGCCGAACUCCUAAGAGGCCACCCAGGCAGAUCCUGGCUCCCAGACACGUAGCUGGGCUGGAGAAGCGGCCACCCACUCAUUCGUCUGUUGGUCUGGCAGACUCUGAGCCUGGGAUGAUGCUUGGUCUCUGUUCCCCAGGUCUGUGGUGACUGGGGUGCCAGGCAGGGAGGCCAUGCCCUAGUUGGAGUGACAGCUGGGGUCUCUCGCUAAGUUGGGUCUCCAAGAUGCCCAGAGGAGCCUCCCUUAAGAAGGGUUGGCACAGGCUGCUCAGCCAAGGAGAGAGGUCUGGGGGCUGUCCCAGGUCUCUGUGGGGCCUCCUUGGAGAGGUCGAAGAUGUAGGGAGCAUUUCCUCCCAGCAGAGCCAUGGAGCUGGAAUGAGCUGCAAGGAGGAGUGAGUUCUCGGUCACAGGAGGUGAGCAGGCAGGAGCUGGAUCCCCCAGCGCAGUCAUGCAUUGGGGCAUGAGGCAUUCCCAUGAUGCGUGCACACGCGCUCGGGGGUUGGCUUCCUGAUGGGGAGCCACUUCGUCUAGAGACUCGGCCACCAGGAAGGAUGCUGCUUCGGAUGGGAGCCCAGCUCCUUCGCUUCUCCAGAAUGGGGGUUUGGGGCUUGCUAGUCCUGAGAUGCUGAGAUUCCCAGAAUCUGGUCCCCACUUAUGAGACUCUUAAGUUGGGGCUUCUGGGAUCCCAGGAAGUGCUGGCCCUUUGAUUCUGAAAGUGGGUGAUUCUUUCAUUUCGGCAUCUCAGUCUGAAGCUUCUGGGACUUGAGACUGUGGUUCUGGGCCCAUUGGGCAGGCUCUAUGGGCCUUGGGCUCUCAGCCCUCCUGCUUCUUCUGUAGGCCGUGUGGCCACUGACCCAUCUGCACGCCCGCUCAGCCCAAGCCCCUCCACGUGGGAGGGGUCAUUUUGGGGCAAAAGACCCUGGAGCUUCCAUUCACCUGCCAUCCAACGAAGAUUGAAAAGCGAUGGACGCAGGACCUGUGAGGUGGUAGCACUCCUCUUUACAGCCAGAUUAGUGGAGGAAGAGGAGAAAGAGGAAGGGAGAUGGGAGAGAAGUGGGCCAGAGAAAAAGAUGGGACACUCUUGCCCAGUGGAGGGUGUCCAAAGUGGGUAUUCAAAGAAGUCUAUUCCCACUUGAAAUCUGGAAGCACCAGCAUCCCUUAAAAUCAUUGUCCUCAAUGUCCACAAAUCAGAGACCCUCUUCAUUUUGAGAAGGGUGCGGGCCUCCCCUGGUGGUCCAGCGAGUGGUGCCUGGGAUGGAGUGGGCAGGCGGGUGUAGCCAGGGCUGGGGAUGUGCUUUGCCUGGCCCAGUUCUCACAGGGGUCUCAGGAAAACGGGGCACCCAUUCCCACCUCCAUCUGUCUCCAACCUGGGGUCCCUGGAGGCCAGAAAAGUGCUCUUCCAUUUGAGGGAACAGAUGAGGAGUCAAGAGGUCUGUUCUUUUCACCCUGGGUCUGUUACAUGUUUGCUGUGUGACCCUGUCUGGGUUGGACCCCAAGCCCCUCUGGACGAUCACAGGUGGACAGUCUGAGCAGACACAGGCCUCCUGGUCAGGGCCAGAAGCAUCUCUGCCGACCCACCAAGGCCCCCUUGGGGAUCUGCCCACGCUGUCUCCUGGUGGCCUGCCUCCCUUACCCCUCCCCUCCACUUCUCCGGGCCCCGCCCCUCGGUGCCCUCCCUGAGGGCCCUGCAUGCUUGUGCCUGGGGUGCUCAGCGCCUCUGCUAUCUUGGAUUCCUGUGUACUCAGCCCAGGGUGAAAGGGCACUGUCUACCUGUCACAGGGCACCAAGUGAAAGCCAAGAGCCCUCACUUUUGGGGGUGAGGGACAGCACAGCAGAGGUGUGGCUUCUGGAUGAAAGCAGCCAUAGCUGUGUGACCUUGGACAGGUGGCUCAGCCUCUCUGGACCUCUGCUAAGCAACAGGGCUGGACAGGACACACUCUCAGGGCCUCUCGGCUUGGGAAAACUGCAUUGACUCCAGGACUCCAGGCGAGGGAAGAUGCACCCGACUCUUAACUAAUACCCCCUCUCCCUCCUCGGGCUGAAGCCUCUGCCAUUCUCCCAAACGUAUGCAAUCAGGCCCGCGGUGGGCCUCCCAGCCACGCCGGCCUCCUCAUAUGCAAUAUUUCUUCUGGCUUCUCAUGGGGAUGGUUCAUCCCCGACUUGACAUUUCCUGACACCUUUCCCCAGUGAGCACCCUGCCUGCCUAUGCAUUUUGAGAACAGCCCCUGUGACAUGUCCCCUUCCACCUGCCCCCUCCCCCAAAGCUGUAUUUUUCUCUGGCUGAGAUUAGAACAUAUUCCUUGUAAAGUAUUUUUCUACAUUGGGUUUUCUUAGGGCUCUUGGGAAGCACAAGGGGCUGUAUUGCAAAGGCCGCUCACGGUCUGUUUGGGGCCCUCGUCUAAGUCUUUGUCCCACCAGGGGUUGCAGUGGCUUGGGGGUAAGUGCUAUGGGGAUGAUUUUUUAAAAUAAAAUUAUUUAAAUCCACCUAGAGUAGAAGUUUGCUUUUUAAAAAAAAUCAUGGGUUGGCAAGAGUCAGCUUCUGUAUGGGUCUGGUGACAGCUCACCUGCUUUUGAUGAUUCAUUAAUUCAAAAAGUUUGCCAUUUGCUUCCAUCAUCCAGCCCCUGGGCAACAUGAAUCAGACAGAUUUAGGUCAUGUCUGCACAUUCUGGUGGCAGGCAAACAAUCAACAAGUAAACAAAUAAAUAAUUAUUUCAAAAGGCAUCAAGUGCAACAAAGAAAACGAAGGAGUAAUGGGAUAGAGGGACCAGGGUGAGGGGCUUUAGCUCACAAUGUUAGGAGGGGUUUCUCUCAAGAGGCGACACUUGCAAUGAGACCUGAAGACAGGAGCCAGCCUCCAUGGAGACCCGGAGGAGGAGUGUCUCAGGCAGCGGGCACAGCCAGUGCAAAGGCCCUGAGAUAGGAACGGGUUUGACGGUUUCAAGGAAGAGAAAGAAGGCCUGGGAGGGGAAUGGGGCUGGAGACUAGGUUGGAGGUAGCAGGGAUCAGUCGUGAAGGCUUGGGUAGGGGGAACGAAUUUGAUUCUCUGUGCAGCAGAAAGCCAGAGGCAGGCAGUGGUGCCUGCAUAUGGAGUCUCUUUAGCCCAGGUUGGGAAGGUAGUGGCAGGGGGGGCAGCCUGGGGUCUGGCUGCUGCCCUGGAGUAUCCAGAGAGUGUCUAGGGCAGGUGAGCUGCAAGGUCUGGGACCCAGAGGCCAGGGCCAGGCCCCACUGGGGAGGCCACAGUUCUAUGAGCAGAGGAAGAGCUUCUUUUCCAGGAGGCGAGUUUUCUGUCUUGGGAGUGGUGUAGGCAGAGGAAAGGCCAAGGCAGGCAGCAGGCCCUGCUCUAAGCGCUUUGCAAGAGCUUGCUGGAUCCUCCCAAUAGCCUUCGGAGGUGGGCUCUGUUCUUGUCCCAUCAUUACAGAUGAGGAAACAGGCACAGAGAGGUUGAGUAACUUGCCCAGCCCAAGGCCACACAGGUAGUAAGGGAUGGAACCAGGGCUUGAACACAAGCCACAUAGCCAGAACACAUAGAGGGAGGGAGGUAGGCAGAGGCUGUCAGAAAGAGCCAGAAAAUAGGGGUAGGGUGGUCUUCUACUCUAACAUUGUCUAAAAAUGAGUUACUGAGAAUUUUGUCUGGUUAGUUGGACAAAGGACUCAAACGACUCCUGAGUUUGUCCAUCCCAAAGGGUGGGGGGCGAAGGCUGCCCCAAACAUGGACCUGUUCUGACCCCAGAGAGCCCCUAGUUGGGUAUUAAUGAGUGCCUGCACCUGGUGGGGUGGGGGGGAGAAGGGCAAUCAGGUUUGCUCCUCCUCUACCCUUUCCCCCACCCCGCCACCCGCUUUCUGCACUUCUGGCAGGGCAGCCCAAGGCUAAAAAGGAGGGACUGAAAGCCGCAGCAGGUAAGCACCUAAGGCUAACAGCAUCACCUCCAAUCAUCCCGGUGGCCUUGAUGGGGACAAUGGUUUAUUCCAGAUGGGGAAACUGAGGCUCAGAUGACUGCUGCCAGAUCUGCCAGCUGUACAGGCCUGGGCAUGUAGCAGGUAGAAUCAGUAGAGCCAGUAGAGCCAAGAGCUCAUGGGCCUGGGUGCAAAUCCAGGUUCUUUCAUGGACUUGCUGUGUACCCCUGAGUGAGCAAGCUGCUUCCUCUGCGAGCCUCCAUGUCGGAACCUCUAACCUGGGAAAAUACCUACCUUUGAGGGAUUGGACGGAAAGCCCUUUAUAAAACGUAAAGCGUUUGCCAAACGUUGCGGGGGAAAUACCUCACCAGAACACAACCCACACAUGUUGGAUGUUAAAAAGGAAAUGUUUAUUUUCAUGUUAUAAGGUGAUUACAAACUCCUCUAAAAAAAGCAAAGAUGAAUUUAAAAUAUCAAUAUACAUAUUUAUCUAAAAAGCAAAAGAGAAAAAAACCCCUGCAAAAUACAGGGAAUCAUGUCAUAAAACAUUUAUACACAAAAGCUUGUAUACUGCAAGACUGAACUACACACCAAGGAUCUUGUUCAAAUACAAAUGUUCCUCCUCAGAAAAGUCUCUUGUUGGUUGAUUCUUUUUUAUAAAAGUUUAAAAUAUCUUAAAAAUAUUUUGAAGUUUUAAAAAAAUGUCCUGAUGAGCCAGACAUAUUUCUGGAAGGAGGCAAGACCCAUGUUCUCAGCUUUCUCUUGUGCUAAAUACAGAGUCACAGUUGCUAGGGAUUGGGAGAUUAAUUGGG